AUGAUGAUCACCAUUCGCCGCGCCACACGCAGCCAGAUCCCAGAGAUCGUCAGCUAUGUUAUGGCCUCACGGGCCAAGACCAUCCCUGGCCAGGACCAGGCCAUUCUUCCAGAUCUCGCCCGCUUCCAGGAGACGUACAUUGAAAACCCAGAUGGGUGCUUCCUGACAGCCCACAACGAAGACGGCCAGAUUGUAGCAGCAAUUGGUUAUUUAGCCUACGACCCACGUUUCCCACAGCUGGAUUUAGGCCACGAGCGCGUGGUAGAAGUGGUGCGACUGUACGUCGAUCCCUCGUGGCGGCGUGCUGGUCUGGCCUCCAGGCUGUUUGCUGAAUUGAUGCGACACGCGCAUGAAGCGGGCAUUGGGCGGCUUUAUCUGCACACUCACCCCCAUCUCCCCGGGGCCAUUCGUUUCUGGGAGAGACAAGGAUUCGUCAUCCUCGAUGUCCAAGAGACGGCUGGUUGGGGGAGCGUGGUGCAUAUGAGCAGGUCCUCUAGCCCUUCUCCAUCCGUCUCCCUGGAGGUGGACUAUGUUCCAAAUGCCGGCGCUCCUAAGCUGAACGGCUCCUUUGCUGCAAACCAUCAACAGAUCCGGAGCUUCUAA